CAAGCAAGUAAAUGUUUGCAUUAUUUUGGCGCGAUGUACUCCUUAACUUUCAGAAUGAUCGAUUUUUGCAAAAAUGACCUAAAGAUAUUAUACCCAAGUUAAUCAUAAGUUUAUUUUUUUACAAAUAUAAAUCCGAACUAUACGACUAAAUCAAUAUGGAGCAAGAGAAUCGUGUUGUAGUGCUCAUAGAUAUGGACUGUUUUUACUGCCAAGUGGAAGAAAAACUGAAUCCUGAGUUAGCUGGGAAACCUAUCGCUGUAGUGCAAUAUAAUCCUUGGAAAGGCGGCGGGAUCAUUGCUGUUAACUACGUUGCAAGAGACCGGGGCGUUACGCGCCAUAUGAGAGGUGACGAGGCGAAGGCUAAGUGUCCGGACAUAGAGCUGCCUUCAGUACCUUGUUUUAGAGGAAAAGCUGACAUUUCCAAAUAUAGAGAGGCAGGCAAAGAAGUAGCAAGAGUGCUGCAGAAGUUCACCCCACUGCUGGAGAGAGCUUCUAUAGAUGAAGCUUAUUUGGAUAUCACUGCACCUGUGCAAGAAAGAAUGAAAACUCUCAAUGUAAACACGGUUCACACAGGCAUGAUACCCAACACCUUUGCCUUAGGGUACGAGUGUGUUGAAGAGUUCCUGGCUGACGUUCACUCAUGUGGCACUGAGAAUAUUGAGUUUGAUUAUGAACAUGCAAAGAGGUUGCUUGUAGGCGCUGUGAUAGUCAGCGAGAUCAGAGCUGCUGUUUAUGAAGAAACUGGUUACAGGUGUUCAGCUGGCAUAGCUCACAACAAAAUUCUAGCUAAACUAGUGUGUGGCAUGAACAAGCCCAACAAGCAGACUGUAUUACCAAAGCAUUCUGUUAAUAUUCUUUACAGCACACUACCAUUGAAAAAAGUGAAACACCUUGGUGGAAAAUUUGGGUACACAGUUUGUGAAAUGUUAGGAAUCCAGAAAAUGGGUGAGCUACAAAAGUUUACUGAAAAAGACCUACAAUCAAGAUUUGAUGAAAAAAAUGGAACAUGGCUCUACAACAUCGCACGUGGAAUAGACCUGGAACCAGUACAAGCAAGAUUUAACCCCAAGAGCAUUGGGUGUUGCAAGCAGUUCCGUGGCAAGGCUGCUCUCCUUACCCUAGACAGCUUACAGAAGUGGCUUAAAGACCUGGGUGAUGAAAUAGAUGACAGACUGGAGAAGGAUGCAUUGGAAAACAACAGAACACCAAAACAAAUGGUGGUUAGUUUCUCCAUUCAGAUGCCAAAAGGCAAGGAUACCAGCAGUUCUAGAUCAUACAAUUUUACUCCUGAUGAUGAUCUAUGUUCAGAGUUAUUUUCAAGCAAAGCUUUAGAACUUAUUCUGGAGAGUUCUGAAGGUAUCAAAGUACAGGAAUGUGAUGGUAACAGAAGAUUGAAAUCGCCAAUCAAAUUCCUAGGCAUAAGUGUUGGUAAGUUUGAAGAUAAUACAGAAGCGAAGAAAACUAAGAAAAUAUUAGAUUAUUUUUGUGCUGGAUCAUCUAAAGAUAUGUCAGUUUCUGAUAAGCCUAAAGAUAGUAUUCAGACCACAAUAAGAAAGCAAGAAAACACUAUCACUGAACAGCCCCUUGCAAAUAAUAAAACUGAUAUAAAGAAUAAUGGCAAACAAUACAUUAUGCAGAAGUUUUUACAAGUAUGUGAUAAAUCGCAAAUGAACCAAACUCAACCAGAACAAGCUAAACAGAAUAACAAUACAACCACUAAUACUAAUGAAACAGUUUAUGAAUCUAGUUUAGAUAAGCAAGAGUCAUUUUUUGCAAAGAUAUUGCAAAACAGCAAGGAUCCCAUGAGCAGAAUAAAGCAAUCAGAUGUGGACAUUCAAAAAGUGCGGCCGACGACGCCCGUCUGUGACGUGAUCGCGUGUGGGGAAGAUAGCAAUGAGACAUAUUGUUCAGGUUCAACCAUAGAAAACGAAAUAAACAAUAGUGUGGCGUUGUUUGAAGACGAUUCUAAAGACGUCGUCCGUCUUACAAAUAUCAGAGAGUUACUAAGCAGCUCUAGAAAAAUGCAUGAAGCUGGCUCUGAUAAUUCAGAACCUGAUCGAAAUGCCAGUGAAAUAGUACGUUCCUCCCCACAGAAGAAUGAUAGACCGCAUGUUGGUAUUGUCGAUUGUCCUGAGUGUGGGAAAACAAUAUCAAUUGAUAUGGUCGCGGAACAUUCCGAUUACCACCUCGCCUUGAAGCUAAGAGAUGAGGAAAGACAAGAAGUUCGAAAUGAAAUAAAGGUAAAGAAAAAUGAAAUGAAAGUUAAACAAAAUGACGAAAACAAAAAGAAAAAGCAACCUGAGGUACAAAACAAAAAUGAAUGCAUGUCAUCAAUUGCCAGCUUUUUAGUAAAAAUCGACGAUAAUAUCCCCACGGAGAACUGCUCAGAAUGUGGUAAAAAAGUUCCACUUGAAAGAUUUGGAGAACAUUUAGAUUUCCAUGAAGCACAAAAGCUAAGCAGAGAACUGAAUAAGAAAACAAGUCCUGUGUUCUCUGGGAACAGUGUAAAACGAAAGCGAAAGUCUACUUCACCAGUGAAGAAGAGUAAAAAGCCCUGUAGACCUAUUGAAUCUUUCUUUAGAUAAUUUUAUAAUCAAUGUAUAAAUGUAAAUAUGUAAUGGAUUAAAGGAAAUGAAACACAGA